CACUACGGGUAAUUUAAGCCCCAUAUACUGACAUAUGUGGGUGUAUGUGCUACCCUCUGCUAUGCAUGGAUAAAGAAAGUAAAUACCACGGAAUUUACUAGCCACAGGAAAUCCAGGUUUCCGAUUUGUCACCGAAGCUUAACUGAUUUGAUUGAAAAACGAAAGUAAGUGAAAACCAGGACAAUGUUAUACCUCUCGAUAGUUUCCUGAGGCUGGGCGUGAAUGAUGUCGGCCAGUUUUGUGAGCAUUUGGCUGGGUCAAGAUGUUGUCACUCAUACGUGCACACCUACAUUUGACUUUAUUUCUCAAACAAAACACGAUUGCAUUCACGAAUUAUGACGCUUAAACUUUUCUGGAGAUUAUUGCCAGGGCCGGAUUAACAGAUGGCGCUGCUGCUUCUGUUGAUUCUGUGAUCAGAUAGAAGAAAGUAAAGAGGAAGUCAUGGAAACAGGAAGUGGACUGGUAUAAUCACUGAGAUACAAAUCUACCAUCACAUGAGAUACAGUUAAUUGAUGAUGUGAAAAAUGGAAGUGGUUCGGCAUUUAUCAAAACCACUAAAAGGGGUUAUAUUUUUUUGACAAUUCGUCUUUUUGCUAAUACUUAUAUGACGUUCUGAAGUGAACACACUUUUUUUAUGAUAUCGGAUGUAAAAAAAAAUAGAUUGCUAAAUAUCGAUAGUUGACGAAUUCAGGGUGUGUAAUUUCAAAAACCAAACAUAGCGCAUAUGCCAUUUAGUUUGUCUAAAGCUGUCACAGGCCAAUGAUCCUAUUUAAGGAUAAUUGGUCGGCGAGGUAGGACUAUCAGUUUUCCUGUUUACGCCAUUUUAACAUAGUUAAACUGAACGGAACAUAGAGUUAAAAUUGGGACAAAAUGACCUGCAUUUGCUUAAGGUGUUAAGAUUUCUUUUAGGAUAAACCUGUAUGUGCAGUUCGUGACUGUAGUUGCAGGACUUUUUCUACUAUGGACUUAACAUAAUCCGAAAUUCUAAUGAAAAAAAACUCUAACAUAGAAAAUAUCCACCAGGCAGAAAACAUUUUAUCACCACUGAAUACAUUACAUUAAUAUAACCACACAUGAUAUUACUUCAUAACAUAUCGAACAGCAAUAUAUAUUACAGAACAAUGACACCACACUUGCUAUUAAACAAGAUUUUAAUCUUUUUACAUGUUAUCAUUGGAAAGACAAGUAUCCAGAGAUUGAAGCAGCAAUAUAUGUCCUGCUUGUAAAAGAUACAAGCGACGAAGAGAGGAUAUUGACAAAAUGUUGACACGAAACUGUACAAAUGUUGGAACGAUACACAUGGUUCUUUUGCAAAAACUGGAUGCCUUUACUUCGGAUUACAAAAACAAUAGAGCAGUAAUUAAAGAAUACACUUGUGCGAGUUUCCAAAAUACGACAACAUAUAUCAUCUCUCUAUAAUCCCGUUACUUAAAGUUAUGGCAUCAACGACUUGGCCACAACACUUCCGACUUAGCCACAACACAUCAGACUUGGCCACAACACAUCAGACUUGGCCACAACACGUCCGACUUGGCCACAACACAUAAGAUGUGGCCACAACACGUCCGACUUGGCCACAACACCUCCGACUUGACCACAACACUUCCGACUUAGCCACAACACAUAAGAUGUGGCCACAACCCGUCCGACUUGGCCACAACACAUCAGACUUGGCCACAACACAUCCUACUUCAUUGCAACAAUUAACUGAGGACCUUUCGAUAUGGCAUGUGAUAAGGAACUGACUUCUUUACUCUUCCGUGUUGGAAAUGAUCUUGUUGAAGAAGAUGUGAAAAACCUACUAUUUUUGAUUGGAGACGAUAUACCUAAUUCUGAAAAGGAGCAGAUUUCAACAGGAAUAGAGUUUAUGACCAUGUUAAGAAAGAAGAACCCUGUCGGAAGUGAUCUCCUCGAACACUUAAAAUCCUUUUUGUCGCAAAUUCGUCGGGAAGAUCUGAAAGUUCAGCUGGAGUCUUACGGACAGAAAGUUAAAAGCAUCAAUACAGCCAAGGCGAACGUAAAUAUUGCUGCUGUUCCUAACUUCGUGGAAACAGUUCAAUGUCGGGAGGUAGAAGAACAUCUUCAAAAGAACAGGCUCGUCAUUUUGAGCGGGAUAUCGGCUUCUGGAAAAACACAGCUAACUCUUUGGUGUGCCAAGCGAUUUCGUUCAAAUGUAACUGGACCUAACAUCUGGAAACUGUCUUGCCAGGAUGAAAACGACUUGAUUCAAUCAUUGAGUGGAAUAUUAGAAUUCUUUGAAUUGAAAUUUGAAAGCCAGAAGGUCGACAAAUCCACUUAUAUAAUGGAAAUGGUUAGUGUUAUCAUACACAGAGUUACCUCAGAAGAAUGGCAAACGCGACAAUUUCUGUUUAUCUUUGACGACAUAUGCAAAGUAUGUUCUACAGUUGUUUCACGCAUAUUUUGUGAAUUGCGCGCAACAACAAAUGUUAAAAUAUUAGCUUCAACAGAGAUUUCCACAUUUUACAACGAGUUCAAAACGAACGAUAAUGAAGUAUUUGUAUCUGUGAAGGGUGUGACAAUAGAAGAUGUUGGAAAAUUCUUUAUAUCCUCUGAUCGUUUCAUUGGAUGUGAAGAUGAUCUGCUUCUUCUUGCCAAGGAGGUGGGAAGUCUCCCGUACGCUCUCAUGCUGGCGAAGUCAUACAUGGAAUCUACAGAAAUGACGGUUAAAAAGUAUUUGGAAAUGUUGAAGUAUCCGGAAUUCCUUCAAUCCGUGGAAAAAGUUUUAGAAUCUUCAGGAAAGAAAACGUACAACAAAGGACUGGUCGGUGCUCAAAUCUUAACAUUAGAGAAAGUUGAAAAAAAGGUGCCUGAACUUGGAAACCGUCUGUUACAGAUGAUUCCUUUUUUGGACUGCGAAAAUGUUCCAUAUACAUUACUUCAGAAAUUGGCAAACGAUUUUAGCCCAAAAGCAGAAAUGGACAUAAGGGCAUUAAUAUGUGAGCUGAAAUCAUAUUCACUAGGGGAAAUCAUUCAAACAGAAGAGGAAACAGUCAUCUCACUCCACGCUGUAACAAAACUGGUCAUAUUGCAUCGCCUGACGAAGGAAGAACGCGUGCGAAUCAUCCAGAAACUGCUUUGGUUUUUCAGUUGUCACCUAACGUUGGAUUGUAGAUUAAGGUCUUCGUUGGCAGACAAUUUGAUUCUACAGGGCCAUGCUGAAUGCGUCCUUGCACAAGCAGGUAAGAACAUCAGUGGUUCGAAUAUGAAGGACAUGUGUCUGUUACAGUGCAUCAUACAGACAGCAAUAGGUGUUUCUUUUCGUGUUUCUGGGACCGAACACGUGCUAGCAGACGAAUAUCUGACAAAAGCAAGAACGCAAAUGUUUCAGUUGAUCGAAGAGUCUCCCGAGAAGUUCAAGUUAAGUCUUGAUGACAACGAAUCCCAAACAUACCAAUCAGAUGACUCGGAUGAAACGACAACAUGGACAGCACCGACAAGCUUUCUAAUUAGAACAAUUCGAAUGUCACUGUCCCUCGGAGAAACAACCCAAGAUGAUUGCGAGGAAAUAGACGGAGAAGAAAGAAGUAACGACUCAAAAGUCAAGCGACUUUAUGGAAAAUUGGUCCAGGUCACAAGAGAUUUGUCUCCCCAGUUUAUCCAUGAUUUUGUGAUGAACUUGAUUCGAAGUGAGGUCGACAUACAACACUUGCAACUUGUUUCAGGAAAGAGUUAUGCAGGAGGUUUGGAGACGCGUAAACAAUGCUUUACAACUGCACUGUACGAGAAACUUACGACAGUGAAGGCAGCAAUGCCCACAGCACAAAUAAGAGAAAUAUUUGCGGUAGAACUGAUGAUCAUUAUUCUGUACAACAAUGGUCGACACUAUUAUCAAUGGAAGCUAGGAGAAGACAGGUCAUCCGAUAAAUUCUGUUGCAAUGAAUUACUCACUGCGGUAAUGCUGGGGAAACUCUUAAAAAGAGACUAUCCAAACUUUGUAUCAGUUCAGUAUCUGAUCAGUCAUAGGAACGGGAUGUUCUAUCAUCACGAAACUGAUAAAAGGUUCACGCAAGACAAAGAAGUUGCCUCAGUAAAGGACGACCUGAAAGAAACCAUAUGCCGCUUGGAGAAAAUGUCUGACAAAAAAAUACGUUAUUUCGAAUUCGGCAUUUUGAAAGUGAGUGAACAUCAGUGUAUGCACCAAAAGGGGAUGUGUUUAAAGCUGAUACUUAAAUGUUACAUUCAUCUUUACGCCCUUUGCAAAGGCAAAGAAGAAGAAAUGAACGAACAGUAUACUAAAGCUAGAUGCUGUGCAGAACAACUGCAACAUAUCACAAAGGAAAUGCACGCUUGGACGGCAGUUCCCGGCUUCCAUGUACAGUUAGCAAGAUUCUAUAAGCUGAAGACAACACAAAAUCUUUUGGAAGAGGCCAUAAAACAUUUCCAGAUAGCAGAUGAAUUGGAAACGCAAUAUAAUGGGAAAGGGAUUUCGCACUUUCAAAUACAGGCGCGAUUUGGACUUGUGAAGUGUUACAAGCUGCUGAGAGACCAGGAAUCAUUAGCAAAAGCACAGGGUAUUUGUCAAUAUCUCGUCACUCGACUUGAUGAAACAAACUUAUUUGGGAUUCAAGGAAAGGCGCAAAGGAAUCUUGAUGAAGUUCAAACACUUUUGGAAGCUUCAUUAGUGAAAGAAGAAGUGAUUGAAGAAAAGCACUAGAUAGGCCCGAUAAUACCAGUAUUUUAUCUCCUCUUAUGUCCACCUGUAAAUGUAUUACCAGUCAUGACUUCCAGUAACUGUACUGUUCACAACGACUACGAACAUUUAAUAAAUAUACUAGUAUUUGAUUUGAUAGUAAUAUCAACACACAUCUCAUCUACGAGUAACUACACUACCUAUUAUGUCUACAAAUAGAUAUAAUAUGAUCUUUGCUUGUAUAUAAUGAUAAUAUCUAUAUAUAUAUAUUGUUAUUUAUUUUAUGACAGUAAGUUUACUUUACAUUAGGGCUACACUAUAUAUAUAUAAGCAUAGAAGUAAUAGUGACGGUGAAAGAAAGGAUUUGUCUAAGCGAUCGGCCCCUUUUAUCAAACCACAGCAAUAAUAUUAUACAGCACAGAGAAAACCAGUUAUGACUUGUAAUAUAUGUUGAUGUCAACACAUAUCUCUUCUGCCGGCUUGUAUUCGAAGACUUUUUAUUUUAUCUUGAAAUCGUGCUAUUGCAUAUUCCAGUGAAUUAAUAAAUGAAAUGUAAAGUAGAUCUAUAUAUUGUUCGGUUAUGUUAAUAAUGGAAACUUUUGCAAGGACCAAAAAGAAAAGCAAAAGAAAUUGUUAUAGAUAAUGUCCUCCGCAAAAAUGCAUCUCGAUAAGAGUAUGACCACUGAAAAUAUAUAGAAUUCUUCUUUUUAAACGUUUUCCAGGGGUAAAAUUUAGGUAAGGAGUUCUGAAGUUGUUUGAGUAAUAUAGGAAGGACAGGUUCUACAAAAGAAAUAUUCUUAUUUAAUAAGGGUUUCUUUACUGAUUAAAAGGGUAUACUAUGUAAGAAAUCUCAUUUUAGAAUUUGAAAUUGUUAGUAUAUUUUCACUUCCGUUCACUCUUAAGGUAUUCGAUUUUUCUUCGUUAUAUUUAUUUUGUUCUUUGGUUUGUCGCCUCCUUACAAUUUCAUUCACUGCCAAUGCUCCAAUAAUUAUGUAGAGAGGGAAGGAGAAUUCAAUCAUUCUCUGUUUUAUUUUUAAAUCUUUUCACUUGCUGUAAAGUAUAUGUACUCAAUUACAGCCAGAUUUUCUUUAUUGCAUUAAUAAUUCAAAUUAUAUAUACCAUGCGGAUAUCAUGUAUUUAUCAUAAGUAAUAUAAUAGUAUCUCUCAUGCCCUCACAAAUACAAACACUUUACAAUUGUAUUUAGCGAUGGAUCAAAAUGGGAACACCAUAUCUAUGUCCCUUCAAUAUUUUGCUGGACCUUUCGAAAGACUAAUUGUGCUUUUUACAUUUCACUAUUAAUCGUUCUCGAUGUACAUGAGGAUUUGAUUUUUUUGAAUUGUUUUUUUAUCUUUUAUUUUGGAAUUUUAUGUUUCAUUCCAUCCAUAGAAACCGUUUUGCUAUGAAAACGGUAAAGUUAUACAUGAUGGAUGUUAUACGAUAUUCUGACAAAACCCCCAGCAAAUCGUUAAUUUUGUUACGAUGAAAGACAGUGUCGUUACAGUUAAGCACGUAUCUCAUGCAUUCUUAUGCAUGUUAAAACUAAAAUCAUGAAAUUCCAUUAAGUUUAGAGUUUUUUUGGUUUGACGUUUGUUUAUAGCCAUGCAAGGUUUGUUUCCAUCACAUUUUUUGCAUGUGUUAAGGACUCACACAACUAAAUAAUUUAAUAUAUGUUAGUAUUAAGCCUUUGAACGAAUAGCGUUAAUACUUGAAGUUCAACACUAGUGGCAACUGUCUAGAUUCACAGAUACAUACCUUCAAAGGCUUCAAAAGGUAUUUUGUUGCGGGUUAGUGGCAUAUAAGAGUCUGCUUUUGACAACCGAAAAAUUACAAACCAAACCGGUGAAGUGGGACGGGAGCACCCCUUGACAUUUGACCCAAUAUCAAUCCGCCAUCACAUAUUUAAAUCUACUAAAUCUAUAGUUUUUCUACAAUUCAAUAUCUGUAGAUGUCAUUAAAUGUAAAAUAUGUCAAUAAUUACCUAGUUGAAUUACUCAGAGGCACUGUGUUUAACCGGAACUUUAGGUAGGGAUUACAAUCAUAUGAAACACUUGCUGCAAUACUGGCUGUUUUAGUUGUGCGAGUCCUUAAGGAUAACUGGAAGUUUUCUGAGAAAAAAUGGAAAUGAAAUUGAUGUAAUUCAGUUUAAUUUGUUCGGGGCCUUAAAGUGUAUAUAGCCUUCUGCUUCUGUGGCUAUGAAGUAUAUAUGUAUGAGGACAUGAGUCACCGCUUCGUAGGGAGAAAUGGUGCGUCGUCUGCUACAAAUGCAAGCUAAUCUUACAAUAGUCGUUGAUGCUUCAGUUAUAUUUACCUCACACUGGUGUGUAUACGUGUGUAAGAUCUGUUUAAGGUUAAAAGUUCAGUUAGCUUGCAAUAAUUUCAAGUGUUCCGCAUGUUCUGAAUGUUCCGCUUAUUCUCUCUUGUUAUACUUUGCUUAUUUAUAAUUAUUUUAAUUUCAAUCGUCAAUUAUUUAGAUGUAUUUACCUUAACGUUUGUGUUGUUAAAAAUAUUGAUUGUAUGCAUUUGAAAUACUUAGUACUAUAAGAUAUAUUUCUAAGCAAAACUGAUACAUGUCGCAUAUUUGAUCAAGCUGACGAAAACGACAGACAAAGAUAGUAAUCCACACAUAUCAUUAACAUCAGAGAGGUCAAAAGCUAAGAUGAUAUGUUAUUAUGAACUAUUAUUUUAAAUAAGGUAAUAUGCAGAUGGCAGAAUUCAUGUUGAAGAUAAUUUAAAGGUAAGCAUAGGUUCAAAUUAUUUUAACCAAUUAUCAAGUUGAAGGAGAAAAUGCUACGUUGAUAAGAAAAUGAUUUAUGAAGGUUAAGAUUAUGUAUUUCAGCUUAUAUUUAUAAAAACAUAUACAACAUAUGAUAGUACUUGGAACAUUAAUGAAUGCCUUGGUGUUUGAUCUUGACACGAAAAAAACUUUUUUUUUUAGGUUUUGAUAACACUCACAUAAAUUAUUUUUUGCCAAAUUCAAUGAAGGAAUUUCGUUGAAAUAAUGAAUUUCGAUAAUAGAUUAUAUGUUUUUUUUCUGGAUUUCAAAUCUUUUCAUACGAAUUAUCCCCCAUUUUGAAAACAAAGUUCAAAUCAAAAAUAGAAAAGGUAUACUCAGGUGAACAAGAAUAAAAAAUUUGGUUUAAUUAUAUCAGUAGUCCACAGCGUUGAAUACUAUUUCAUCGAGGAUCCCACUUGCAAGGCAUACAGAAAAGAACUGGUUUCUACAUUUUGCACUAAUGUAACGCAAUUUAUCUGUGUUCCAUUUAAGGUCAAGAGCAAUUGACAAAACAUCCAAUUUUGUUGCGGAGCACUUCUACAUGUAAUUUACCUAACUUGCUACGCUGUAGGACCCAAAGAAAAUUUAGAGAAAUUUACAAUUUUUGGAUAUCCCUUUCAAAAAUGAUUAAAAAUAAGCAUUUUUUAAAUAAUAAUCGCUGAAAUUCCACACAAGCUUAAUUUUAACGUUGCGAGUCAUUCUACGUUUUCCAUGGUCAAAGAAUCAUAGUUAUUGAUCUUUAAUAAUUAAGGCUACUGUUUGUUUUGAUAGAAUACUAUGCGUAUACAAUCAAUUUUGCAAUCAUUUGCUUAUGUAGUAAAAGAAAUAUACGGCAUGGACGAAUCAUAAUGAUAAACUUCAUCGCAUGAAUAGUAUGGAGUUAAGGUCUUCAUCAUUCAUAGGAAGUUCAAGUGCCAUAAUGAUCUGUUUAUCGCUUUAUCGCAAUGUACCUUUAUUAUAGCGUAUCUUUAUCCUAAUGUAUAUUUCAAUUGUCUUAAUGUGCAUUAAUCAUGAUAAAAUUUUAUCAAAACAUGCCUUUAUCAUACUUAAAUUCAUUAUAGUGUAACUUUGUGCAAUAUACCUUAUCGUAUAGCAUAGAUACGUAAUCACAUUAAACUUUUAAUGUAAUGUACGUUUAUCGUAAUGUUUAUUUAUCAAAAUUUGUCUUAAUCAUAAAGUAUCUUGCUAGUAAUGUAACAUUAUUAUAAUGCACAAUGCAUGUGAUAUAAUCAUAAUGUACAUCAUUAUAACGUACAAUUGGACCAUUGUGGAUUUAUCGUACUGUACAUUUCCUGGUAUCCGUUCAACAGAAACAGUGAGGAAUAAAUUAAAGAUUAAUCAUCAAGUGAAGAAAAUGCUUUAAUUACUUUUAUCAUUCUUAUGCGUACAAAAAGCCUCUGGUAAAUAAGCACAUGUUGCAAUUUCAGGAAGGCAGUUACGCUUAUCUACAACAAGCUAAGUAUAGCACAUGUUAACUACAAUAGAACAAAUAUAUAUUUGAAUGCGAAGAAACAUAGAUAAUUUGAAUACAAAACAAAAUAGCAUAUUGCAGUUUUGGCUUUUGAAAUCCUUAACGUCAAUUUUGAACAAAUUUGUGUCGUUAAAAUAUGUUUUACAUUAAAAACCGCGAUAGAACGGAAUCUAACGCAGGAAAUAUUUACAGACUACAGUUAUAAUUACAUAUUGCAAUAUUCAUAAAAAUGAAUAAGAAAGAAACAUGACAUAAUAAAUGUAAUAUACAUUUUGUUUGUAAAUUGUUGAAGUUAGAACAAACAAAAUAAAACUUUUUUUAACAUUACUAUUCUGUAUCUAUUAUUUAUGCACCAUUGAAGAUAUGGAAAAAUUGUGAACAGGUCACAUUUUCUGCAACAAAAAUAAUGUAUUGGUAAGGGAAAGAAGCAGUUUUAUUUGUAAUCCGAAAUUAUGAAAAAGAAAAUAUAUCUAUAAAGCGUUUAUACAUUAAAUUCCACUAACAGUUAGGAUUUUUUGUUAUAGUUUAUACAGUCUAUUUAUUUACAUUGUUUACAUUGGCACCCAUCGAUCGUUGGAUACGCUGUAGACUGUACUACACUUCGUGGGUAUCCGAUGAGGACUUGACACCAAAAACGUACACGAGUGUUUCAUUAGUCACAAUCUGCAUCAAUAAACGGUAACAAAACAGUAAGUUUUCAAAAGCAAAAUUGACAACACAUCGAGUGUAAUAAAUCAUGUAUACAACCAAACUUCGAUGUUACGAAUCCAAAUGAAUAUCGUAUCCUUUGCUACGCAAUUGGGUUUUUUAAUAUCCCCGUUCAACAUAUUAUUCCAUUGUCCAAAUCUUCUCGGUUAGUUCGAGUGAUCAUUUGAGUCCAUAUAAAUGUGUGAUUCUUUAUUAAUGCCACUUAAUGUAUCAUGUCCAACUCCCAACAGAACGGUUUAGAAUAUCUUAUAUCGAAGUUAAAAAGUUAAAUUAUGAGAACAAAUCUAGCAGCGGGCAAAUGCAAUCUGAUUAAAAUCAGCUGUUAGGCCCCGUUAACUUCGUACUACGUCUGAACCAUGUAACAGAUGAUUUUAAUCAGAUCGAGGGUAAAAGAUGAUUUUGAGCUAUUUUAAUUAAUAAGCGAAAUAUGUGUUAUUCAUUUUUCUAUUGUUCGUCGAAUAUAUGUGUUAUAUGUAAAACUUUACUUUGAUACAUUAAAUACUUCUUCAAUCAAACACAAAACGUGUUGCAUAUUAGGGGAUUUGUACAUUCUUGUACAAAUAUGGCACACCUGUCUCUCCGUCGCCUACUUAACGCGUACGCUUUAGUGUCAAUAUUGUAACACUGUGAUAAUACAUAGUUAAUUUGUCGACAAAAGAAAAAAACAAAAACCGAAUCAAUUGAUUGAACAACGUCAAUAAACUUAACAAUAACAAUUUAAUAUAUGUUUUUUCUUCUAUCUGUAUAAAAAUUGAAAAAUAAAGACUGAACGUAUUAUUUUUUUACACACAAUAGGUAUUUAAGAAUGAGUUAUUUAAAAUAACAAUUAUGUAUUUUUAUUACAUGAGGGGUAUUUUGUAUACGGUUAUAAACAAUCAAAUUUAAAACUAUCACCACGUGAACACUUUUAUUAAAAAAGGGCGGGAACAUUCUCGUAAAAAGUAAUAAAGGAGUGUGGUCUGUGCAAAUGUAAACAUGUUUGCAUCAUAACUAAAUGGAUAUAUACAUAAUACCGAAAAGAAAUAUUCAAUUGUUUAUAAAAGGGGUAAAAUAGAAAAGAAAAAAGACUAACAUUAAAAACUGAUUUAAUACAUGCGUGUAGACUAUAGUAUACAGAAGCUGUGUGACCUUUGUAAAAAUGACAAAGGGUCAUUGGUAUUGCCCUUUUCUCUUCAAUUUCUGUCGUGGUAUGCGAAGCGAAUCUCUUAGCAGCCAUGCCUAAGCAGACGUCACUGCAAGUAACCUCCCUUUGACCACACGCAGAAGACGGUAGCAGGGAUAUACAACAAUAUUUCAACUUGCAACUGACCGACAAAAAAGUGAUUCUAUUCAGUAUGGUGAAAGUAUAAGAAAUAAUACGUUCCCUUGUUGUUGGGAAGUUUUUGUCUCCGAUAACAGUGAUGAUGAUAAAGUUGACGCGCUAUUGUUGUCGCCAGCUUCAAUCACUUGGAACUCCGGCGUGGUGCUUCAUACUUUUUUCUCUCUCGAGAAGAUCCGAAUUAGGGAAAAAAGACCGAUGAACUCGAGGGCGAGAGGAA